CACGGCGAGAGCGGCGUUGGCAAGUCCAGCCUUCUGCUUCGGUUCACAGAUGAUACAUUUGACCCGGAACUUGCAGCAACGAUUGGUGUGGACUUCAAGGUGAAAACUAUUUCAGUUGAUGGAAACAAAGCCAAACUGGCAAUAUGGGAUACUGCAGGUCAGGAGCGUUUCAGAACAUUGACCCCCAGUUACUAUAGAGGUGCACAAGGUGUUAUCCUAGUUUAUGAUGUAACGAGAAGAGAUACUUUUGUCAAGCUGGAUAACUGGUUAAAUGAACUGGAAACCUACUGCACAAGGAAUGACAUAGUGAAAAUGCUAGUUGGAAACAAGAUCGAUAAGGAAAACCGUGAAGUUGACAGAAAUGAAGGUCUCAAAUUUGCAAGAAAACAUUCCAUGUUGUUCAUCGAGGCAAGUGCAAAAACAUGCGAUGGUGUACAGUGUGCCUUUGAAGAACUUGUUGAAAAAAUCAUUCAGACUCCUGGACUGUGGGAGAGUGAGAGCCAAAACAGAGGUGUAAAGUUAUCAAACAAGGAAGAAGGAUAUGGAGGAGGAGGAGGAGCAUGUGGUGGAUAUUGUUCUAUGUUAUAAACUUUGGGAAGCUUAUUCUUUGCAUAUUUAAACAGAUAGUGACAUCUUUCUGUACAUAAAUUCAUUAAAUGCUAUUUUUAGGGACCUUGCAGUUUGCACAUAUUUGUUUUGUAUCAUGGCAGUGAACACUUGUAGGAAAAAUGUUCUGCAGCUUUCCUAGUUUUAAAAUGUUAUGGUAAGCAUGCCCAAUUUGCAAUCUUCAGGUUUUUAUAAGUAGCAUAAGUAAUGUGCAAAAACAAAUGCACUAAAAAUUUUACAACUGUAUACAUUCAUCAUAUAACUACUCUAAACAAAUCCAUCUAACAGAAACACAUUACUGCAUUGUCUGCUCUUAUUUUUAAGUACUCUUGAAAUUAUAGAACUAUAUAGUGUGCACAGAUCUUAAAACAGUGUGAGCUAUAAAUGUUACAUUUCAUCUCUUCUAGUAAAUGUUUUUAUGGUAUUAAAAAGAGCAAGAUUAUACUGUUCUUGGACAAGUCUGCUAAAUUUUUGUCUUUCAGCAGAGCUGUCUAAAAUACAAAUUGUCACAGGCCAUAGUUGGUAUCAGCAUGUUCUUGAAGAGAUGUUUUGAAAGCUUCCUUUGCAAAGCUGGGGGACACCCUUUUUUCUUUUUAAUCAUUACUUCAGUUGAUGGCUGAACUGGAGUUUUAAUCCUGUGAUAUUUAUGCACUAAAUUUGUGGUACUCCUGCACUCUAGGUUUUUAUGAUGCAGUCUACUCUAGACUUGCUGUAGAAAGUCUUCAUUAUUGGCAAGGGGUCCGAAUGACAUCUUUGUUCUUUCAUUGUGAAUCACUUUGCCAUACUUCGGUACAGAUGCCUAAGUUUACUAAAUGUUUGUAAUAUAACUUUAUCUCAAACUGUAGCUCACUGUGGCUGUGAAGAUCUCUAUCACAUGUCUGCUUUGUGCAGCUACUUGUUCAGAAAUAAAACUUCCUGUCACAGACACUAAAUGGGAAGCUAUAGAGCUUCUUGAUCUCUGUAUGGAAAAACACUAUUACAAUGAGUAUUCAUUUGAAUUUACUGUAUCAAAGCCAAUGGUUUGGUUCAGAAGACUUGUAUAGACUAAUAAAAUUUUUUUUCCACAGUA